AUGUCUCAGUCCCCUUUGAACAUCGAGUUCGAUAAAUUGGUCGAAGAAUUGUUGCAGACAUGGCAUGUCCCAGGUCUUGCAAUUGCAGUGAUUAAUGGUGCUUCUACAUAUUCCAAGGGCUAUGGACUGGCUGUUCUUCCUGAUGUCCCGGUUACACCUGAGACAGUCUUCUUUACAGCUAGCACAACCAAAUCAUUCACAGCUGCUAGCGUAUCACUGCUGAUAGAUGACGCCGCAUUAAAUCAAUCUACAGAGCAGAUUCCGUCAGGUCUCUCAUGGACUGCGACCAUCUCCUCUGUCGUACCAGAGGACUUCGUCUUACAUGAUGAAUAUUCAACAUCCCACGUUACCUUCGAAGAUGCCUUGAGCAACAGAACCGGUCUUCCAGACCAUCUCAAAAGCUUCAGGCCAAAGACAACAUCUCUUCGAGAAGGCAUUCGAUCUCUCAGACACCUUCCGCUCGCCGCAGAGAUGCGUUCCAAGUAUCUAUACAGCAGUUACAUGUUCUCCGCAGUCUCAUAUGCGAUCGAAAAAAUAACAGGUACCAGACUAGGGGAAUUUAUGAGAGAGAGAAUAUGGUCUCCUCUAGAUAUGACACGCACAUACUGGACACCACAAGAAGCAAAAGCAGCAGCAAGCUCCGGAACAACCCUAGCCCACGGCUACGCAUGGAACGCAUCAAUAGAGAAAUACACCGAAGAACCAAUCCCCGACUUCCCAGUCGUAUCAGGCGCCGGCGCAAUAAUCAGCAAUGUUCUCGAUUACACGAAAUGGCUGCGGUGCAUGAUGACCCAGUCAUCUCCAAUAAGUCCCGCCCACCACGCAACACUCAUCGAACCACGCAUCCACUAUCCACAGCAGGCCACAAAUCCAUUCACGGCUCCGCAUUCCUAUGCCCUCGGGUGGAGGAUUGAUAGUUAUCGGGGCCAGCGCGUGGUCUGGCAUACAGGAAGCUGGAUUGGAUACGGCUCAACGAUGAUGUAUCUACCUAAUCUCCAAUGGGGAUUGGUUCUCAUGGGUAACACGACUGGUACGAGUAAUUGCAUGCAGACUGCUUUGUAUAUGCAUCUGCUAGACGACCUUCUUAGUACGCCAGCCUCUGACCGAAUCGAUUGGUCGGCGGAGCUUCUGCAGCGUCGGGAUCGGAGGAGAGUGGAUAAUGGUAAUGCGUUGGGUCGACUCUAUCCUGAUUUACCUUGUCCGGUAGACCCGCCUUUGCUUUCGCUUUGGGCCUAUGCUGGGCGAUAUCAUCAUGCUGGGUAUGGAGAUAUGGACUUUGAGCUGUGUGGAAAUGCACUCGUUGCCUCGCGGCUUCUUUAUGAAGUCUCCAUGGUGAUUCGGAUGACUCAUGCUACUGGGGAGUUCUGGAUAGCGAAAUUGGAAAUUGUGAACCAGGAUCCGCGCGAUCAAGAAAUUGUUAGGGCGAGGUUUCAGGUCACGGAGUACGGGAUCGCAGGACGGGUUGGGUUGGAUUUGGAGCCUGCGCUUCAAGGUCAGAUGAUAUGGUUUGAAAGGAUAACACCAUAG